AUGCCCAGGUACACGGUGCACGUGCGUGGGGAGUGGCUGGCAGUGCCCUGCGGGGAUGCACAGCUCACGGUGGGCUGGCUGGGCCGCGAGGCCGUGCGCCGCUACAUGAAGAACAAGCCGGAUAAUGGUGGCUUCACCUCCGUGGACGACGUGCGUUUCCUCGUGCGCCGGUGCAAGGGCCUGGGCUUGCUGGACAAUGAGGACCCACUUGAGGUGGCCCUGGAGGACAACGAGUUCGUGGAAGUGGUUAUAGAAGGGGAUGCCAUGUCUCCUGACUUCAUUCCAUCGCAGCCGGAAGGGGUUUACCUAUACAGCAAAUACCGAGAACCUGAAAAGUACAUUGCCUUGGAUGGGGACAGUCUGACCACAGAGGACCUGGUCAACUUGGGAAAAGGACGCUACAAAAUAAAGCUCACCCCAAUUGCCGAGAAGAAGGUGCAAAAAUCCAGGGAAGUCAUAGACCACAUCGUGAAAGAAAAGACUGUUGUUUAUGGCAUUACUACAGGUUUUGGGAAAUUUGCCAGAACUGUAAUUCCUAUCAGUAAACUAGAGGAGCUCCAGUUCAACUUAGUCCGCUCACAUUCCUCAGGUGUUGGGAAACCACUAAUCCCUGAGAGGUGCCGAAUGCUGUUGGCUUUAAGGAUCAAUGUCUUAGCCAAAGGAUAUAGUGGCAUUUCCCUGGAGACUCUCCAGCAAGUCAUCGAAGCAUUUAAUGCCUCCUGCCUGCCCUACAUUCCAGAAAAAGGAACCGUUGGUGCCAGUGGAGACCUUGCCCCACUCUCUCAUCUUGCUCUUGGGCUAAUUGGAGAAGGGAAGAUGUGGUCUCCUAAGAGUGGCUGGGCUGACGCUAAAUACGUCCUGGAAGCCCAUGGAUUGAAACCAAUUGUUUUGAAGCCAAAAGAGGGUCUGGCGCUCAUCAAUGGGACACAGAUGAUCACCUCCCUGGGCUGUGAAGCCGUGGAAAGAGCCAGUGCUAUUGCUCGGCAGGCUGACAUUGUGGCAGCCUUGACCCUUGAGGUGCUCAAGGGCACCACCAGAGCCUUUGAUACAGACAUUCACGCGGUUCGCCCUCAUCGUGGACAAAUUGAAGUUGCAUUUCGGUUUCGGUCGCUCUUGGACUCAGAUCACCACCCAUCUGAAAUAGCAGAAAGUCACAGGUUCUGUGAUCGUGUUCAGGAUGCCUACACUAUGCGUUGCUGCCCACAGGUCCAUGGUGUGGUGAAUGACACAAUAGCAUUUGUGAAGAGCAUCAUUACCACAGAACUUAACAGUGCCACAGAUAAUCCUAUGGUCUUUGCCAGUAGGGGAGAAACUAUUUCUGGAGGAAACUUCCAUGGUGAAUACCCAGCCAAAGCCCUCGACUAUUUGGCCAUUGGCAUCCAUGAACUUGCCGCAAUUAGCGAAAGAAGAAUCGAAAGGCUCUGUAACCCCUCCCUCAGCGAGUUGCCUGCCUUCCUGGUGGCUGAAGGUGGUCUGAACUCUGGAUUCAUGAUAGCCCACUGCACAGCUGCAGCCCUCGUUUCUGAGAACAAAGCCCUGUGCCAUCCCUCGUCUGUGGAUUCUCUCUCCACCAGCGCCGCCACCGAGGACCACGUCUCCAUGGGAGGAUGGGCAGCCAGGAAGGCACUCAGGGUCAUUGAGCACGUGGAGCAAGUGCUGGCCAUCGAGCUCCUUGCAGCCUGCCAGGGGAUCGAGUUCCUGCGCCCCUUGAGAACAACCACUCCCCUGGAGAAGGUCUAUGACCUGGUGCGCUCUGUGGUCAGGCCCUGGAUAAAAGACCGCUUCAUGGCCCCCGACAUCGAGGCGGCGCACAGGCUGCUGGUGGAUCAGAAGGUGUGGGAAGUGGCUGCACCAUACAUCGAAAAAUACAGAAUGGAGCAUAUUCCAGAAUCAAGACCUAUCUCUCCAACCGCCUUCUCACUGGAAUCUCUAAACAAGAAAUUCACCAUGAUCCCUGAGUCUGGGGAUCUCUAA